GCCAACGUAUAAUUUAGAAAUCAGAAAUCAGGAAAACUGUUUCAUAUCCAAAGCAGACUCUCCCUCUCUCUCUCUCUCUCUCUCUCAAAACCCUUUCUCUUUUUAGUUUAAUCCGGUUUUAGGAUAUUCACCAACACCCGUUACUGCAAAUCGUAUCUUCAUUAACACCCAUUUUUCUAUUUACUUUUUCUCUCUGUUUCUCGAUCAAUCGACAAUGUUUCGUAUAAGCAACUUCCUGGUUGGUCUCGUGAACUGCUUGGUACUGGCGGCGGGUCUGGCGGGGGUCUGCUUUUCUAUAUACUUCCAUUUGAACGGCGGAACUCAGUGCCAGAGGAUUAUCCAGAACCCGCUUUCAAUCACCAGCGCCGUCCUCGUCGUGGUCGCGGUUCUAGGUCUGAUCGGUGCCUGCUGCAAGAACAACUUCGUCAUGGUGAUUUACUUGGCGGUCCUGUUUUUGGUGAUUUUGGCGCUGAUUGCGUUCACGGUGUUCGUGUUCCUCGUCACCAACGACAGUGCCGGCAAGGUUGUGUCGGAUAAAGGAUUCAAGGAGUACAGGACGUGGGAUUUCUCUACCUGGUUGAGGAGGCAUUUUGUUCAGGGGAAGAAUUGGGAGGCGAUUAGGACUUGUUUGGUUGACGCUAAGGUCUGCAGGAGUCUCUCUAAUGAUGCUAGCCACACAAUGGCGGAAUUCUAUAAGAAGAAUUUGUCUCCGAUACAGUCGGGAUGCUGCAAGCCACCAAAAGAUUGUGGGUUCGAGUUCAAGAACGCGACGUGGUGGGUGGCCCCAAAAACCGGAGUGGCUGCCGGGAACGACGGAGACUGCAAGACCUGGAGCAACAUUCAGACGGAGCUUUGCUAUCAGUGUAAUACUUGCAAAGAGGGAGUGCUGUUCAACAUUAGGAAGGAGUGGAGGCAUAUUGCCAUUUUCAAUGUGUGUCUUCUGGUUGUCAUCAUUUUGGUCUACACGUUUGGCUGCUGUGCCAGGAGGAACAAUCGGAGGGAUAAUAGGAAGGGGCAUAUGGUCUGAUACAUGUAUGUAUAUAUACACAUACAUAUAUAUAUAUUAUAUAUGUUCAGGCUAUAUUAUUCAUCAAUUGGUUUACAGGGUAGGAUAGUUUCCAGAUUAUUAGAUGUUGGGAUGUUCAGUUUAUUCAUUUUGUUUUUGGUUUGGAUGUUGGAUUCAGAUGUAGUUAUCUUCGUAAUUAAUUUUUUAGAUUGUUACAAAGUGAUUAAUUAAA